UUUCAGGAGGGCGCCGAGGACGACACGCCUUCGUUUCCCAAACAGGAAGAGCUCGAGCGACCGCUAAGCUUGGGUCAAGGCCAAGCAUCACGACGAGCAGCUGACCAAACAUGGAUAGAUGGGCAAGGGGACGAGGUGCGCACGUCCUCUGCAUCCCUAAACCAGUUUGGUGCUGGAAGACUCGAUGGCUAUGAAUUCAGCGACGAGUUUUCGUACGUGUCCAACGGUGUCUCGGCCCUGGACGGGGACAAGGAGAAUCGCCACCCCGAUGGAGACUCGGAGCAAAUGGCGGCGCAUGCCCCUAUUUUCGACGUCAGUCACGACUCUUCGCCGUCCGAGAUAGACGACUUGGUAGUGCGCAAACUGCGUCAGAAAUCAACAUCUGUCUCGUCGCGGUAUUCCAUGCGAGGCAUUUCCGUCGACGAGGCGAGGAGGUCCGUCAAGGACUCGUGUUCAAACGGCGCCGAGGUCCAGUCGACGCCCAAGCAGAGAGACUCGGGGUCGGAUAUCAAGCGGCCUCGCACAUCACCUUCCAAAGAUCCAACACCAAAGCGCCGUAGGACACUGCACAAAUCAGACGUUGCGUACGAGGCCAUGGUUGAUGCCCGGGCGGUAGAUUCUGUCCAGCUCUCGCACCAGCAGAUGCAGUCUAUCAUUGGGAGAAAGCGCAAAGACGCACGCCACGGCGACCAGCUGGAGUUUGCGGAUGCUGACGUUCUUGCGGUGCGACAGCUGCUCAGGCCACGAACUCCCACGCCCGGCCAGAGGCCUUCUCUCCAGUGGGAUCGGCCGCCUCUCGCCGACAUAGAGAAGUCUCCGGGCCGCUCUGCCAGACAUGCCCAGCCUUCUGCUCCAAUGCCGCUCGGUUCCGUCCUAGAUGCGGACCGGAAGCCGUCGAUCAAGACCGAAGACUUUAUCAACGAGGCGAACAAGAUCAUGGCCAUGAUCCGCAGCAAGGCUGGCCUGGCGAGUGGUCUGGCCAGCGUGGAGGAGUCGGACGCAGAGAAUGGGCAGCCGCAGCUGUCGCCCGACUCGGACACGUCUUAUCAAGAAUCAACACAGGAGCCCUUCUCGCGCCCGCCCAGCCGCGAAGGGCGUGCUCCGGUCGCGCGCAUGUCUGCGAGGCAGGAAGAUCCAGAACUCGCCGAGCGCUUGAAGAAGUACGAGGAAGCCAGCGACAUGGGAGACAUAAUCAGCUCGUCGAUGCGCUCUGUGGCACUUGGCCAGGGCACACUGGACAGCAUUUCCACCCGGCCAUCCAUCUUUGACGACGACGUGAUCAGCGACCCCCCCAACAUCCGCAUCUCCCAGAACCCCGAUUUGCAGGAGCGCCAGUUCGCGAACGACGGCAAUGGCUUGCCCUCGCACGUCUCGAGCGGUUCGUCAAGCCAGUCUACCGGGCGGUCCAUCCCAACCGGAUCGUCACGGGGAUCCGACACGAGAAAGACAAUUGCGCCGGAAACUGUACAGCACUUGAUUCCAGACCAGGUCGGGAAUAUGGUUCUGGACAAGCAGCGUAACAUAUGGAUCAAGCGGAAGCCGCCAAAGCCAGCGGUUUCAACAGCUUCAAGCGGGAACAGGAGGACUAACUUUCUUCCAUCCGAGGCCAGCGAGGACGACCCGUUUGCCGACAUACCCGAUUUGACCGUCGACAUGACAAUCGAGAUGCAGAACCUGAGGCUCGCGACGGCGAAGAAGCAACAAGCUUCCCACGAUGAUCCGGCAGAGGCCGCCAGUCCGACCAGCCCCUCGAGGCCAUCCAACUCGGCCCCCAUGUCAAAGUCGGCGCUGCUAGAAGCGUAUGCCAGCUCACCGCCGAGCCCGCCUCGCCCAGGCCCGAGCAGGGUCGCCAACCAACCUGUCACUAAUGCGAAUGCGAAGAUAGACGACGACUCUGUCGAGCACGAGAUCAAGAUCGACGAAGGGCGGGCGAGCAUUCCCAAGCGACGGAACAUGACCAUAAGCUUCUCGUCUCCAGUCGCUUCCUUUAUUCAAGAUGCUCAAGAAGAGGGCGAGGCGGCUGCCGACGAGCCAAGCGUACUGGAGCAGGCCGAUGAUGCCUCAAAGGAUUUUACGUGGGACUCGAUGAAACGGGGCCGGCGGGUCGUGUCGGUUCACACUUCGGCCAGAAAUAGCUCUUCGCGGUCGCGCAGCACUUCGCGGGGUCCUGCACGACAUCUCUCAGUUAGGGGUCACACCUUUGUGCCCCGCCCCAUCUCCAGGAUCGACGAGCUAGAAGAGGAGUCGGUCCUCGAUCGGGUAUGGAACCGGACCCCGGCUCCCAAUAUGGAGCUUAGCAUCGUCGCCGACAGUAGUGUCGUCAGCCACGACGCCGAUGGCGGACAUCAGGCGAGUCUCAGCUUCGUCGUCACAACCCCGGCACGCCGCCGGGAUUGCUCUCUUGCCGGGGUCGACGCAGCCCCCAUCAUCAGCCAAUACGUCGGCACGCUGUCCCUGAGCCCCAUUUCGGAGUUUACGAUGCACCAAGGUGAGGAGACAAUGCCGCUCGAAGCCAGCUACAUUGUUGGCAACCAUCACCUCGUAACGGGCGACCAGUCGAGGCGCGUCAUGUCGAUGAACACGCGAGACCUGGUGGACAAGCUGGCCGAGGUGGAGCCCUUUGAGCCGUAUUGGGACGACAUGCGCGAGCUGGAUCUUCGAGAUAAACGGCUGGGGAGCCUGCAUGCCCUCGACGAAUUCUGCGACCAUCUAGAGAGCCUCGACGUCUCUAAUAACGACAUCCGGAAUCUCGUCGGCGUCCCGUCGACAGUGCGACACCUGAAGAUGGUCCACAAUCAGCUGUCGAGCCUGACGUCCUGGGGCCACCUGAUGAACCUCCAGUAUGUCGACAUUUCGAACAAUGGACUCACCAGCCUCUCGGCUUUCCGGGAUCUCGUUCAUCUACGAAGCCUAAAGGUGGACAACAACCUCAUCACCAGCCUCGAGGGCAUCAAGUUCCACAGCGGCCUCCAGACGCUCCGGGCCAGGGGAAAUGCUAUUGAGGAGCUGGAUCUGGAUGGCAACAAGCUGCAUCAGCUGAUGGAACUCGAUUUGAAAAACAAUGCCAUCAAGCGCAUCGCCAACCUCGAGCAGCUGCCCGGGCUCAGCUCGCUCAACCUUGAGGGGAACCUGCUUGAGAGCUUUGCAAUCGAGUCGGAGAAGCCACUCGUCUCGCUCAGGCACCUGCGGCUGGACGACAACAGGAUCUCGGUGCUAGACAUCAAGCUGCUUCCCCAUCUACGGCUCCUGCACGCUGAUCGCAAUUUUAUCAGCCGCAUUGCGGGCUUCUCGCGCGCCCGUCGCAUCGACAGCCUGUCGCUACGCGAGCAGCAGGGCGGUGCAGACGAGUCGACGCCCGCUCUCGACGUUGCGUACCUACUCUCGCGAGCUUAUGAAGUCCGCAAGCUUUACCUGUCGGGGAAUUUCCUCGGAGCCGAAGACGGGCCGUCAUCGUUUGCGCCUGCCGUCGACUUCCUCAAUCUGCAGCUCCUCGAGCUCGCCAACUGCGGCCUACAAACGCUGCCCGCCGACUUAGGCCUCAUGAUGCCCAACCUGCGCGUGCUCAACCUCAACCUCAACGCCCUCGCCGACCUCGCCCCGCUGCGUUGCAUCCCCCGUCUCAAGCGCCUCUUUACCUCAGGCAACCGCCUUGCCGACGCCGCCGCCCUCGUCGACACGCUGGCCGCGUUCCCGCACCUGGUCGCCGUCGACGUCCGCGACAAUCCUGUCACGCAGGGCUUCUAUGUCCCCGCGCAGAUGAUGGCCGUGGCUCGCCGUGCCGCCGAGGAGUCUGGCAGCAGCGACGGUGCUGCGUCUGCGUCUGCUUCUGCUUCUGCUUCUACUACUUCUGCAGUUGCCGCCGAAGACGACCCCAGCGGCGGCCGCUUCGCGCUGCCCGACCAGGAUCCCGCGCGCGACCGCGCCUAUGCCAGCCGUCUCGACCUCGCAACGCGCAUACGCCGCCGUCUCUACGAGCACCUGUUCUGCGCUGCGUGCCGCCGCGUCAAGCGCCUUGACGGCCUCGACCUGCGCAGGGGCGAUGUGGCCGGCUGUAGGGACGCCGUGUGGGCUGCCCUCGCCGAACAGGGGCUGGUACGUGCUGGCGCACAGGAGGGUGAGGCUGAGGCCGAGGGCAAGGACGGAGCUGUGCUGUGCGGUGAACAUCGAGGGAGCAUCAAGAAGAAUGAUGCCGUCUUGCCUGACGAGAGCGCGAGGUGGCAGGCCGAGGACAGCUUUGCUUGA